AUGAGUCAGAAAAUGUGGGCGCAGACGAGUCACUUCUGUGCGGGCGGAGAUGAGCCGAAAAUGUGGGCACAGAUGAGCCCCCUUCCCCGAGGCGAUUCGGAUGAGGAGCCCGACGUGGCGGAUGCGCUGUUCCUGCCACCCUGUGUUCUGAAGGCCCGGCGGGGCCAGCCAAAGCAUUGGGCGCAGCCGGCACAAGGCUGGCGCCCCAUCACAGAGCCGCCACCGGUCGUGGCACAGCGCGCCCUGCCGGCCGACGCUCCGAAGGAUCUCUACCCUCGAAGGAAGCAAGAGCAGAGCAUUGGUGAAGAUCACGAAGAAUCCCAUACCCUAGCAGAUCUGUUCGAUGAGGCAGAGGAGCCCGCGCCAGUCGUAGGCGAGACCCUGGAUGUGGAUUCAGAAGAUGAUCCCUUCGAGUACGAGGUGCUUUCACCGGAGGAGGCCAAAGCAAAAACAGAGAUUUGGGACGAGUUGAACAAAGACAUUGCGCCCAUGCUGAGCAAGAAGGACUCUGCGGCCAAGAGGCGACAAGCGCGGCAGGAGGACGGAGUUGCAGCAGAAGGAGGAGGAAAAAAGGCUGGCGGAAGAAUCCGUGCUACAGCAGCUGGUCGAAGAGCGCCGGGAGCGAAGGAAGCGAGGCCGCGACAGGGGCUCUCCCACUGGCGAACCCAGCGACUUUGA